CGAGAAUCGAAAGUGACGUUUACUUACCGAUUAUUCGUCGACAGUGCUUUCUCAAAUUGCGCUACUGCAUACUAUUCCACAUCUAUCGUAUUCUUGUGCACGGUAUUAUCGUUGAGCACGCGGUCGUUCACGAAUUCAAAGUAACGAGUAAAUUCCGAUAAGUUACCGGUGUGUCGGAAACUUUGGUGAGACGCGGCGGGAGGGAGCGGUGAGGCACGACGUCGAGCUUGUUUGAGAGGGGAAAGAGCGGGAACGCGAGACCAAACGUGCGGACUAGAGAGGAGAGGCGCGGCGAGGAAAGAGGGCCCGUGAGUUUGUGAGAGGGAAGAGCAAGAGGCAAGAGGGUGGCGGCUGUGAAGCUAGGACGAGGAGUGAUGGGCGGCAGGAGGGAUUCGGUAUAGGAGGGAUAGGGAGGGAGGGAGGGAAGGAGCGCGCUAUCGGCGAGCGCCUCGGUUCGGCCGAGUCGGCCGACGUCGGCCUCGAUCAGCCGCUCGGCGCUCAGUUCGAGUCGGACCUCCGUCGUAGUCGGAUUGUGUCGUUCUGCCGCGCUGUCUCUCUCUCUUUCUCUCUUUCUCCUUCUCUUUUUCUCUCAUUCCCUCCCGUGGGCACGCGCGCGCGCGCCACUGUGUGUAUGUGUGUCCCUCGUUCUCCCUCUGUGUCCCCCUUUUCCCCCGCAACGACAACGAGUUCCGCCCAGUGAAAAAGAGUCGAGCUUUCCUGCAAACAAGACGCGUCCUCGACGGCAGUUGUUUGUUUUCUGGUUUCGUGGUGUCGCGGUGACACAAACAGCGAAGUCGAAGAAGCGAGGGACCGCGCGUGCGGAGGAGAGGAGAGACAACGAGCCGCGUGUACCGUGCCGUGUGGGUCUCGACGUUGUCGUUGUCGUCGUCAUCGUUGUUGGUGCGAAGAGUUUCAGUCAACGGAAGGAGAAGUAGGUUAGCACACGGUGCCUUUCGCGUCCGCGGUAAAAUAUACCUGGUUCUCCGACUACUUCUCUCUAUACCUUUUAUACGAAGCCGCGUAGUGUGUACCAUCCUGAUGUGGUGACGUUUAACCAACGCGCACUUCUUUUACGUAACGAAAGCGCGUUAGAACGUGCGCGUGCGCUCUAUACGUAAUCCGUCUUCGGUUUCUGUCCUUCUCGUUUGUCGGUUGCAAGCGAGAAUCUUCGAUCAUCGGUAGUCGCGUUCUCGUGUGUGCUCGUGUUCCAUCGGAUCGGCCGAUCGGUCAUUUUCGUCUCGUUAGCAGUGCCUCUUUGUGAAUUUCGUGCCGCAUUGCUUUCCCGUCUUUCAUGUGCGAUACACCGAUUUCGGAGUGUGGUUCGCGCGAUUUUCGCGCUUUCGACGCAGUUCGUUUCGAUAAUACCAAACGACUCGAUUCGAUACGAUUCGAUUCGUUGCGAGAGUCGAUUUCUUUCGACUUGACCAAGUUCACGGAGCAAAGCGCGCGCCUGUUCCGCGAACACGUCAGUUCUCGUUCAGCUAUCUUAGCAGUGUGAUCGAAAAUAACGUUCGUGCUUUUACAGUAAGGAGUUUCUUCGUUCGGAUACGUAACCAGGCGAUUAUACACGUACGCACAAACAUUGGAAACCGGUGCUAUUCAACCAGCAACUUCUGCAUCGAGUACUCUUCAUUGAUUCAAUUUCGUAUUGUUUUGUGGUGUUUCGUGAGGUGUGUUUGUUCAAACCUCCAAGUGGUGCGACUGUUUUAAGUGUGAUUCAAAUCAGUGAUUUGAAAGAAAAGCCGAUUAUUUGGCAAGUAAAAGAAAAAGAAAAGCAUAAAGUGAAAGUUUUAUCAGUGCAGUACUACGCUAUUCUUUGUGGAUUAUUGGAUAUACUAUACACUACUCUGCGACUUGCCGACGGAGCGCAACAUUGCGGCUCACAAUUUAUGAUGCAGAGACAAAGCCGGGGUAGCUCGGAGGUGGAGGUUGCGCUUAUGCGCCCCGUAAGCACGGCUGGCUAAUAGCACCACGGCCCAUCCCUGACACCCUACAGCCACACCAGAUCAGCAGUCGGCGUGACAUGGAUGUGAGCUUCACGAACGUAUUAGAGGGGGCUCGCCAGUACUUCCAGGGACUGCCGGUACCGAGUACAGGUAGUGCGACCGCGUCAGCGGAUCACGGUCUCACGACAUCAACGAGUUCCGCCUCGUCCGUAUCGUCGUCGCACGACCAUGGCACCUCCUCGUCCGUGGCUCCUCCGUCACCGGCACCACCCGCACCGCCACCACCACCGCCACUAUCGUUACCGUCGCAAUCGGCUUCGAGCGGAUCAAACACCUCCGAUCAAGAAACGAGCCGAUAUCUCAACGAUGUCAGGCCAUCGUCCGUGGACAACGCAGCGAGCAGCAGCACCUUCUGGAGCCCAUCCGUCGAACCUUAUCCACCCCAGCCGACCAGGGUCGAAGUCCCGGACACGAGGCCAGGCGAGGAGGGAUCCCCCAUGGAGGCGAGCUCCUCGUCCUCGAGCAUCAUCACCCUAACAGAGAUGCAACCGGUGUCGGCCUCCAGCCGUUCCUCCUCAGCGUCAAACUUCGCUCAGAAACAGCCGACAACGUCCUCCUCGUCGUCCAACAACGACCCUCAUCAGCAUCACCAUCAUCAUCAUCAUCAUCAUCAUCAUCACCAUCACCAACCGACCGCGCCGACCUCGCCCCAUCUGCAUCAAAUGCAACCACCGCAACAGCCCAGUUCCCCGGGCCCCGUUUACCAACAAUUGAACCCCGUCUCCAGGACCUCGUACUCAACCGCGGAGAUAUUCGCCUCGACGCACCAACCGACUUAUCAAACUGCCAACGAUCGACAAUCGCAGUCGAGCGCGGCGCCGGUCGUAGCGCAGAGGACCCAAUAUUACCCCCGCUACCAUCAUCCGGACAUAACAAAGAGCGCCCCGGUUCCGUUCACCCAGAACUCCAUCUAUCAAUCGUCCACGGUCGCCGCGGCGUCCACGUCGACGGGGAACGUGCAACCGGCCACGAGGCCGACGCCGGUCGAGCAGAGCAACCUCUCUUCCACGCAAGGCCAAGGGCAGGAGCAGAGGGUGCCGCCUAGCUCGUACAUCGCCAACAACGCCCCUGUCCCGGCGUCGAGUAGCUCGAUUUAUGGCUCGUCCUCGGGGACGCACAACUAUCGCGCGACGCAGCAUCAGAAUCGAUUGAACCCGACGUCGUCGUCGUCGUCGUCGUCGUCGUCGUCAUCGUCGUCGUCGAACAGCCAAGCGAUGGACAACAACAGGCCCUCGCAACAUCAGGAAAGAUCGCAUAACUCGCGCGUCUCCUCGUCUCCGUCCUGCUCGUCGGUGAACCCGUGCAGUCCCCGCCACACGGCCAAUCCCUCGAGUCACAUUCCUUCGUCUUCGUCGUCGUCGUCCACGUCGUCGCUCUCCUCGUCCACGCCGUCGUCGUCGUCGUCGCCCUACCAGAAUCUUCCGGCGCACAUUCCUUCGUCUCACUUGCCAUCCGCCGGGAGCAUGAUACCUCCGCCUCACCAUCAGCACGCUCAACAGCCGCACCAGCAACCUUCUAGUCGAAUAAACGCGUCUCCCCAUUCGAUGGCGUCCAACUCGUACGCGGGCCGAAUGAUCGUACACGCGUCCGCACCCUCCUCGUCCUCCUCCUCCUCCUCCUCCUCCUCCACCUCCUCGAGUUCGAAUCAAAUGCCACCACCGGCGGCUCUAGGCGGUUAUCACCCUGUCGCCUCGCCCCACGACGUUCCGCAUCACGCCACCCCAUCGCCCCACAGACAAUCGCCCCACGUGUCCACCCUGCACAAUCCUCACGCCUCUCCUCAUCACACGCCCCCGCACAGCGGCUUCCAGCCGCACUCGCCGACUUAUCCUCCCCCUCCGCCCCCGGCCACCUCUCACUCCACCCCUCACUCCUACACCCUGCCACCCAUCACCUCGCAGCACUAUCAGCAGCCGAGCGCGGCCGGCUACGCCGCGAAUCCGUACGGAUUGCCGCCACAAUCUUCGUAUCAUUCCUACCAAAAGAGCCCCCAACCGGCGCAACACACGCAGCCCAACUAUUAUUCGCAAUCGAGCCGAUCUCAGAGCCAGGCGUACGUCCAGCAGAUGUCGAUACCGGCCCAGUCGAUCUGCUCUGGAAACGGAAACGCGAACGGCACCGUCUCUUAUCAGCCGAGCAAACCCUCGGUCACGUACAACGGGGCCGACGCGAAGAGGAGCUCGAUCGAGGUGCCCUACGCCCCGUACAGGGGCCCCCAGACGCCGGCCGGCGCGCAGAGGAGCACCAACACGCACAACCUUCCACCCAUCGCCGCUCUGUCGUCCUAUCAUUCCAACAGGCGGGAAUCCGCGAGCAAAGCGCAGUCGGCGCAAAGGCAACGCGGCUACGGAACGACAACGAACAAAGUUUCGGUGGUGACGCCGCCCGCGUCCUCGAUGGCCGCGCCUCAAAGGAUACCGCCCGAGUAUCCGGCCACCCUGUCGGCCAUGUCCAAUCACGCGAUGCCCGUGAACGGAAGGACGAACACGGUGACGAAUUCCUCGUACAGCAGAUACACGGCGCAACACGGUUACCCGACCUACGCCACCACCAUGGCGCCCAGCCACCAGGGCAGCAAUAGCUCCUCCAGCACCACCGUCACCUCUAUAGGCCACUCAGCGUCCAGAUCCUCCGUUCCAGCAACGACGAUACACGGUUACCAGACGUCGGACGGGAAUCGCACGGGUUAUCACCAUCAACCAGUAAGAGGCAGCGAGGAUUACGGGUACAAAGAGUACCCCUCGUAUCAAAAUUCGACCGCGCCUACGAUCCAAUCCACCACCACCGCCGCCGCCGCCGCCGCCCCUUCCAUAGCAACCUCGUCGCCCCAGACGAACGGAGUGAGGAAAAGGGAAUCCCCUUUGGACCUGUCCGUGAAAACGGUGAAAACGUCCGCGGACUCGACCGCCCAGGACGACAUCGAGACGAUGCCGACGAUGGAGAAGCAGCACGUGAGCAGCUCGGUGAUCUCGAGAAGCAACAGUUCCAGAACCAUGCUUCCGCCACCCCCGCAACCCCCUCCUCCGCAACCGGCCUCCUACCCUCCUGCCUAUGACAACAGAUUGUCGGCCGGUAACGCGAGAAAUUUAGCGCCGACGAGCAGUAUACGAACGUCCACGCCCGUGUGCGCGCCUAAGGUCGAUUUCUUGCCGGACUUCAAUUCCGCGCCGCUGCGCCACCAUCACGGCCAACAGCACGAGAAUACUCUUCAGCGGAGGAGCACGACGCAGCAGCUCUACGCCCCGCCCCCGCAGCCUCUUCCCUCGCAGCAUCCUAAUAAUACCGCUCCACUGCCCCACAUGUCCACGUUCAAGAAGACUUCACUGCCCACCACGCAGGUUUACGAGCCGGCGCCGCCUCCGCCGCCACCCUCGUCCUCCUACCCGACGAGCAACGACACCGCCAACGCCUCCAGAUCCUCCAGGUAUCCGAUGAUGGACCCGGCAAGGAUAGGGCCGGCGGCGCUUCCCAUUCAGGAUUACCCGUCCGACUCGUCGAAAUAUUACUUGGACAGCAGGAGCAGCAAGUUCGGCCAACCGCCGCAGAGGGAGAGAACCACCACUGCCACCGCUCCCUCGAAGAGGCCUGGAGAGACGAUAUACGGGGCUGGGGGGCCGAACAAACAGCCAAGGCUGGACACGUGGAUCCAGCAGAGAUUGUCGACCGCGAAAGCCCUCUACGAGCAACAGAAGAGGCAAGAGAUGAGCCUGCCUGUCCCAUUGCCUAAUGGAACCUUGGUCGCGCAAAAUAGUUACGAGCAGAGGUCGGAUAACGGUUACGCGUCGUCCGAGUCGGCGUCGUCCAGGUAUCAGCAACCGUCUUACUGUGAUAAGAGGAAUUACGCGGAGCCUAAGGUCACUCACGCCUCGCCGCCCUACGUUCACCCGGUGAUCACGAAACCUGCGAACGUUCAUUCUGUGCCCCAAGCCGGGCAAACGUCCGUGUACCCGAAUUACAGGCAGAGUCAGAAAAGUGGCGGGCCGCCAACAGGUGGUGGUGCCGGUGGUGGUGGUGGUGGUGGUGGUGGUGGUGCCACUUCCGGGGGGCAGGCCACGAACGCGGAGCCGCCGAGCAACACUGGUGCUGAUAAAAGGGUGCUCAGCUUGUUGAGGAACAGUCUGGAGAACAAGCAACAGAGGGAGGAGCAGAUGAACAGUCAGCAACCUAUCCUGGCUAAUCAUAGUCAACAAAGUUUCCAAAAUAAGGUUGUUGCACCGGUCGAGCCCAAAACGAACAUAGGAAGGCACAACCUGUCACCAUUCACGGCUGCGAGCUUACUGGAACGAAACAGCAACACGCCGCCCCAUUACAAGUUCCAUGUGCCGAGAGCGGUAGACUCGAUCACUCAGGAGGCCCCCCGUAGUUUGUACGGCUCGAGAGUAAAUUCAUCCGCCACGCUACCUGGCAAGGAGGCACUCCUGGGACCCCGAGGAGCCGAGAAUCAGAUUCACCGUGACAAAGACGACGGCCUCGCCGCCAUAUUGGCAGCGAAAAUCAGAACGAAGGCGGAACUGAAACAGGUGGGGACCGGCCAAUUUGCAACGAAACCGACCAAUGUACCGUCUCAGGAUGCAUCGUCCACUCCGAAAGAACAAGACAGCGCCGCAUCAACAUCGACACCUCAAUCAGGCUCGUCCGCAGGCAGUCCUCCAAAGUUGACUCGCGAGAAGGUGGCCUGUUUACCGCCCCGAAGACGCCUGUUCUCCAGAACGGAAGAGGAGAACAUGCCGGUGGCCGCGACGGUUCCAGUUCCGGCGCCACAGCCUGCGAUCGCUUCGAGCGUGCCGGCGCGCGCCAGCGGAUUCAGAAGUUCGUCCGAGACUUCGGUGUUCGACUUCAGAGAGAGCGAUUCCGAAGGCGAGAUGCCUGUUCUAGAGCGGCAAACGCUCGAGGAGAUGAGGAGGGACAGAAAACAGCUGUCGAAGGUGCAGCCACCCGUUCCACUGAACGAUGCCAUGUGCAUGGGCAUGACCUCAUCGUCCGAUCUCGUGAAAAUAGAAUUGAAGGAGAACGACAAGAUCACCGAAGUGGACUCGUUCUGGUCCAGCACAUGCGACAAGUUUAUGGAACAGCUACGAACCGGCGACGCGAUGAAGAAGCGUGGUCGCAAGAAAAAGGUCAGUUGCACUAUAACCUCGAAGCUCGAUGACGGUGGGAACGACAGCAGCAAAGAGUCGGACGCGAACACGUCUCAGAUCAAACCUGAGGACAUCAAAAAGGAGAUUCAAGAUGACGAUUCGCCCAUGGACAGCAAGGACGAGUCUCCAGAAGCGACGAAAGAUGACGAAUCGUCGGAAAUGAAGAAUAUCAAGAUUGAGGUGAAGACGGAGCCAGAGAUGAGCAAGGACGACGAGGAGAAGAAUUCCAGCGACGAUUCGGACGAAGUGCCGCUGAUUCGACGAACGAAGAAGAAGACGAAGAAGGACGACAGUGAUUGCGAGGAGGAGAUAAUAUGCAGGAAGAGAAGGGUGCGCAGAGGAAGCAGAAUUAAAUUGCAGUCAUCAAGUGGUAGCGAAUCUUCGAGCGAGGAGAGCGAUGGCAGCACGGAGUUUGGUCACGGUUCUUCCGUGGCUGACAGGCUUAGGGCUAGGAAACGGUGCGCCAACAGUAGCGCAGAAUCCGAAGGGAUGAAGCUUAGAUCCAGAGACGCGACGCCGCAAAAAUCCAAGUCCGAGAAGGAAUCCAAAUCAUCCACUUCGAAGACUUCUUCCCAAAAAGGUAAACCGAAGCCUCUUUUCGGAGACGGGAGCGAUUUUAGGCCUGGCUGGGAGGAGGAAGUUUACGUGUACAAGAAAUCUUUGAGGAUGCCACCUAGAUUGAUUACCGUGUCGAAGCCGUCUAGGUUUCACAGGUUGUCUACCUCGCUGCCCGAUUUGGAUCCCGGUUCUCCAGCCUUGUCUGUCUCCAUGGACAGUUCUGAUGUGUAUCUGAACAGGAAGAAGUUGGUUGACAGCGACGUGGAGUCCAAUUAUAGUUUCAGUACAACGGGAAUUGGAAUAGGAAGUAAGAUCGACGAUGAGGAAGCUACGUCGUCUACGACCAUCUCGUGUCCGCCCAAAGGUAUGAAGCACUCGAAGUCGGAGAACAGUUCCAUCGUUGAUGUAUUGGCUCAGAAGGUUGGUACCAGCAAGAAAGAGCAGAAGAGGAAACAGAAGGAGAAGUUGGACAAAGGUACAAAUAAAACGCCGCAGAAAGGCAACAACGAGCCUGAAUUGCUCCCUACUCCGAGUCUCACGCCCUUGUUGGAAUCGUCCAAAUCGCCGAAGGGUAAAUCACCUGUCAAGGACAAGUCAUUGAAAGCUAUCAAAAUGACAGAUUCGUUCCUGUUCGGUUUCCGCAAGGAAACUGUGAACAACUUCCGUGAUACGUUUAAGAAUAACCACGCUUUGCCGAACGAGUUCUCCACAUUGGUGCUUAAAAGUAGAACGAGGACAGAGACCAGGGUGUUGAAGAAACAGGCAACAAUUAGAGAAGUUUUCGGCGAGGACAGGCCAGCUUCGGCACCACCUAUGCAGAAUCACGAUGACACCUCUCAAGAUGACGAUUCUCAGAACGAAACACCAGAGAAUAGAUUGAGCAAAGAAAGAACCUUGAAGCAGAAGGUGGUUUCGAGGCUGAAGAACGCUGGUAUUUUGAGGAGUCACAAGGCGAUCAUGAACUCGAAGCAUCAUCUGUUGAUGAAGAGGCGGAAGGAUUUGUUGAAAUCACUGGCCGAGAAGAAGCUGCGACAUUUAAAGACUGAGACGGAAGAGGAGCCAGCACAGGAGGAAACAAAUGAUGCGCAAGAGACGGAGAACAAUGAGCUCGAUGACGAGAUCAAUGAAUCAGAAGUUCCUAAUAAGAAGAAGCUUAAACUGCGAACAAGCAGGCGGAAGUUCCGCUCCGGGUUCGAUUACAUUCGCAAGAAGAAAAAACCUUUGAAGAAGGAUGAGACGUUACCAAGGAAAGAAAAAGGGUGAGUUUUUGUAAGACAAGUGUUAACAAGACCCAGUCCAGAGUGCGUAGCAGAUAUUCAGUCGGAAAUUAGAACCUGGGUGAUCAAAAAAGGUGUAGGUGAAACGAUGCUGCACCGUGCCGCCAGACUCGGUUAUACGGAUGUCACCGCGUAUUGCUUGGAAAAGCUGAAUAACGCGCCGAGUCCGAAGGAUAACGCGGGUUACACGCCUCUUCACGAAGCGUGUUCCAAAGGUCAUCUCGAAAUCGCGAAAUUGUUACUCGCAUACGGUGCGAAUGCGAGUGAAAGUGCCAAUGGUGGAAUAAGACCACUUCACGAGGCAGCUGAAAAUGGUGCUACCGAACUCGUACGCCUAUUACUUUCCUACGGCGCUGAUCCCUUAUUAGCCACUUAUUCCGGACAAACCCCGCUAAUGUUAGCAGCAGAUACCGAUGCCUAUUCGAUCCUAGAACAACAUUUAGACGAUAUCCAGGGUCGCGCGAGUACACCGUGGUCUUUUGGCGGUCCAUCGUCUAUUUUUGACCUCGAAGAAACCGGUUACAAUCCCCUUGACGAUCCUCCUAUGGAUAGCCCAGAGCCCGAACUAGAUGAGAUCGAGGUAGAGAUGGGUGAUGUGAAUCUGCCAGUUCUCUUCACUCUCACCAACGAUCCGGAUAAAUGGAUGCUCCUCCAAGACUUGAUGGCAGCUCUUCGAAUAAAGAGUAGAGACGCGUUACUCCGUCAAAUAAAUCCAAAAGCUCACUCCGGUCCACCAGCCAUUGCCCAUCGUGACGUGAUGAAAGAAUUAAAACUUCAAGAUUUUCUGGAACAAUCUCGUUGCUGCCAUUUGCUCAGUGGUGGCGAACGAAUCAACGUGAGGGGGUCUAAGGUGACUCUGAUCAAGUACAACGAUAAAGUAAGGUCUCUGUUGAACGUGGAGAAGGUGGUGAUCAGCCUGAGGUGACAGGAGGCGCCUCUGGGGCAGUCAUCACCCCAGGCUAAACCGUCGACUUCCGCCUCGAGGGAACUUCCGAAAAAGAGCUCGAGCGUGUCGCCUAAGAGACAACCCAGAACGCGACAGGGUAACAAGACAGCUGCCACGGAUUGAACGUGAACCUGAAAAUCUUGUUCGCCGUGAAAAGUCGCUCGUUUGAGCUGUUUCGAGUCUCUCGUUCGAUAGAGGCCAGAUUUUUCCUCUCCGAUUCCGCUUGACGAGGCAACCGGGGUCGAAUACAAGGUGCGAAAAGUACGUUUAAGCUUACGAUAGAGGAAGAUCGUUCAAUAAUCAGUGCUUUCUGACACUAUUUAGCAGUAUUUAUUGACAAAUGUUCUCUACACGGUGAUAUUUUUAUGGGAUGGAUGAUCGAGUCCUGAAUAAUGGUUUUUCAAUAUGAAGAUUAUUAUCUUGUUCAAUGAUAUCAUACUGUCCUGAUCUUGUAUAAUAAUUCGUUCAAACAUUCAAUUCGAAAGCGGAAUAAUAUUUGAACGAUCCUUGCGAAUAUUUUGGAAUCUGAUAGGCGUCCAUGCGCUUAUUUUCAUUCACUCGAUUAUUCGUAUUGAAAGAAUCGAUACUCAUUGUCGAAGAGAAUUUGAAACUGUGAAUGGUAACUGCGUGCGUUCUCGAUUGAAUCGAUUAUGAUUGUUUCGUUAAAUUAACAGAGAACAAACGUUGAAAAACAUACGAGUUAUCGAAUUAUUACUGCGUUGUUAAUUUCGUUUUUUCUCUGUCUUCCUUUCUUUCUCUCUUCUUUUUUUUUUAUUAGUAAUAAUAAGUCGAUUAUAUAAAGUAUAAUUCGGUUACGCGUUCACAAAAAUAUAGAUUUAAGCAAACGUUUAUUAAUCGUCGAAAUAUGGAGCAUUUACGUUAUUUUUUUUUUUUCUUGUUUUCUUGGGAUGUGCAAUUUCGCGAGUCCACUUAUUGUUAAACGAUUGCUGAUUAAACGCGAUCGAUCAGCGCCCCUUAGGUCUGAGAAACGUAAGAAAAUGGAUCGACCGUGUAAUAGACACAGUGUGCAAUAAUUCUCAUCGAAUUCGCGAUGAUUGAUCCUCGAAUUAGCGAUUUAUUUUACAGAUAAUAUUCAAUUGUUAGCUCGUUGGAACUGAGAAAAUACGACGCGUUCACUGUUGCCUAGUUCUACUCUAUUUCUAUUUUUUUUUAUCAUGUUCAUCGUUAUCACGUAUCGUUAUGUUGAAAAUUUCUUUUUUUUGUUUAAAGUUUCAUCUAUCGGAUUGGUGCAAUCCAAUUGAUCAAUUUUUUGUUAUCGAUUUAAUAUAAGUGUUUACAUUUUUACGUUUAUUAAAUAUAUAUAUAUAUAUGUAUAUAUAUUAUAGCGAAAGAAGAUAGAAUGAAUAUGUUGAAGAUUAUCAUGUUCAGCAGUGAACGUGUUCAAAGGAUCAUUGAUGCAUUUAAAUUAGACUUUUUUCAUUUAUAUGCGUCGAUGGAACCGAUCUCUAUGUACUUAUAUCUUCGGAAGCGUGUCGAAGCAUGUGUCGAAAUAGAAUGUUGAAAAAUAAAAAAAAAUUUCUACUUGUAUCAUAGACACAAGCUUCUAUGAGUUGUUUAACAAAAGCAUGCUUACGCGCUUUCAUUUUGACUCCGUGUACAGAGGAUUAGUCGUUCUGAUCAGUCUCAGGGAAAUAUCCGUACGCGUAUUCUCGAUAUCCUAUGCGUUGCAUCGAUUCGAACAGGGAUACGACCAGGCAUCGUAAAAAUAUUCGAUUGAUCUGUAAAACGAUCGUCAAGAUAUUGUUAUUUCCUCAUAAUGUACACAGUAGACAGAGAGAAAGAGAGAUACCGUUUCGUACGUUGAACGAUCGUUCCAGAUCGAGAUCGAUCGAUGACUGGUCGCUCGCUCGCUUCUCGUUUUUUUUAAUUUUAUUUAGCUGACGAUUUCUAAACGAAUAUUACCGAUUAAUGUCGUAGACGAGUCGUGAUGUUUACACGUGUACAUACAUAUUUUCGAAUAAAAAAUCUAACGUCAUCUGCCGUAUGUGUGCAUCGAAGAGUCCCGGGUUCUCUUGCAGAUGGCAAUUUCUGUGCAUCAUCGAUCGUGGCUGUUUAAGAAAAAGAAUGUUUGAAAUGAGAUUCAGAAAAGGAGAACAUAUGUAGAGGAGAGAGAAAAUGAGAAAGUUGAUAUAUAUGUAGAUCGAGGGUGAAUUGAGACAGAAAGAAAAUAACUGUACGUGUAAUGUACCUUUAAAAUGUAAAGUAGAUAUCGAAUAAUAAUAUAAGUAGCCAGGAAGAACACGACACUUGUUCAUAAUUACUAUAGUCGCGUAUAACACACAUUUACGCACGUGUAAUUGUAUAAGAAAGGGAAAAAGAGAAAAAAAAAACAAAAGCGUUUUAGAGUUAACUU